AUGGAGGAUGCCGGGAGCCUCCGAGAGGAGCGGGGCUCCUGGCAGAAGAACCCAGAGAGAAGCGUGGUGGAGGAAGCCACGGAGUUUCUCCAGCACGCGGGGAACAGAGAGGACCUGCAGCUGCUGCUGGCCGAAGACGGAGCCUGGGAGGCGUUCGUGGCAGAGGCCGAGUUGUCCAGGGCGGAGGCGGACGCCUUACGUGAAGCUCUGGCCGAGCUCACGGCGAACAUGGCUGAGGAGGACAAAGACCGACUCACCAGUGACCUGCAGGAUCAGGAGCAGUUUGUGGUCGCCUUUCCGCAAGUGAGAGUGGAGCUGGAGGAGCACAUAGGGAAGCUCCGCACCCUCGCAGACAAGGUGGACAGGCUACACAGGGACUGCACCAUUUCCAACGUGGUGGCCGACUCCACCAGUGCCAUCUCUGGAGUCUUGACCCUCCUGGGCCUGGCUCUGGUGCCCGUGACAGCAGGGGUCAGCCUGGUGCUCCUGUCCACGGGGAUGGGGCUGGCGGCGGCGGCGGCCAUCACUAGCAUUUCCACCAGCAUCGUGGAGCACUCGAACAAGCUGUCAGUCAAAACGGAAGCCAGCCGCCUGGUGACAACCAGCAUGGACAGGGUGAAGGUGGUCGCGGAGGCUGUGGUUGACUCCAUGCCCAAGCUCCACUCCCUAUCCAAGAACUGCAUCCGCGUGCUGCAAAGCAUCGAGAAGACCAUCCAAGCCAUCAAGCUUUCCAGAGCCAACCCAGCCCUAGCAGCCAGGGCCAGGCAGCUCCUGACCAUUGGGAGAGUUUCCGUCCAGCAUGGUAAGCAGGCCAAAAAAGCCGUUGGAGGAACUGCUCUGGCAGUGAGCAGAGGAGCCCGGAUCAUGGGUGCAGCCACGGCCGGUGUCACCCUUCUUGUGGAUGUGGUCAGCCUUGCGAAAGGGUCCAAGCAUUUGCGCAAGGGGGCAAAAGCCAAGCUGGCCGGAGAGCUUCGGCGGCAGGCUCAGGACCUGGAGGUGAAGCUGGGGGAGCUCGUGCGGCUCCACGAAAGUUUGCAGUCAGCCUGA